AUGUUCAAAGCAACAAGGAAUAGUCAAGAAAGAUUAUUGCAACGAAACAAUUCCACUAUUUCCGACUUUCUUCGUUUGGAGGACAUUCAUGCAACUCCAUCAUCAAACAGUUUCCAUGUGAUGGAAGUAAACUCGAAACAAGAAGAAGGGCUCAAGUUGGGACAAGAAAGGCCAAGUGUUGACUCGUUCAGCAAUGUCACCAACACAGGACAAGGUUUUUCUUCCUCUAACUGUCUAUUGAAGAGAAACCCAUCGGGUGGUCUCCCUAGAAGUAUGAGCCAUGGCAGCCUUUCUAUGCUUGACACUGCUAACGAUGAGGAAGCAGACACUAACACUAAUCGAAUGGAGACCUCAGACGAGAGAAGCAGUAACUUUUCGAGGUCGACCUCUUCCGAUUCCAUGAGACCAGUUCCGAGAAUGACCAUUCUUCAACCCCAUUUCCACGAAAUGCAAACAACGGACGAAACUACUCAUCCUCGUACAAAUAUUGAGCCAAUUACCACCACUGUUUCAACGAUUUCUCCCUCACUGACGAAGGAAGUUGUAAUUGAAAGAGAUAAGAUUCUUGUGAAAAGUCCUUUCAUUACACCUCUUAACUCUGUACUUUAUAAGAACAUCUCUGUAAGCAAUAUGGAUCUUGUGAAAAUGGAUGUACCUAGCAUUGACACAUUCAAGAAAUCUGGAAUGGCCUCUCCAGAAAAAGAUCACUCGCAUUGGCUGCAACAAAUUCAAACCUUGCCUUCUAAUGACUCGUUAACUCGCAUCCCAAGUAUUGAUUUUGAUCUUGGACCAGCCGAAAAGAAAUAA